AACUCUUCAGUUUUAGAAGUAGGGCAGGAGGAUAACUCCCAGUAGCUCUAUCUCUCUCUCAUUCUCUUUCGCAGCCCAUAUUAAUAACCGGCGGACUGCACAUCAACUCAGCCCACACAUGCAAGCAUCCCUGCACACACACUCGAGGUGAUGCGUGUCCCUCACACUGACAAGCUAUGUCACUGUUGUGGGGUUAGACAGGAUGGCUGACUCACUUCCCCCUCGACCAGGCUGUGGGGUUUCACACCAAGGAGACGGAAAAAACGGGGAGAAGAGAGAGGUGGCAGCGUCGGUGACCAGCUCUGCAGUGGUCUGUGGUGUUUGUGCUCUGUUGUAUGGAGAUCCCACCAGGUCUUUGGCUAAUGAAUGAGGAGUUUACUGUCAACCACUGAGUGAACGGGAAGGAUAAAGGCUCCUGUUACUGGAAAGAGAGGAGAGAGGGGAACAGGGCAGCCAGGAUUUUGAUCGUAUCUGGGGGUCUCUGUCUCUUUAAGCUGGCUGUUUGUUACUGCAGAGUGUGUGGGUGCUGCAGUAGAGACGGGGGGGAGAGAGAGGACGAGAGAGGAUGAGGGAGCAUUGAUAACGGAGAGACGUUAGAGAGGAACAAGUAGCAGCACAGCAGAGAAUCAGGGCUCAUGUCCGCACGCUGAGGUGUGAGGGAGAUCGGUCAGGUGCAGGCCAGGGGAGGAAAGAGUGAGGCAGGUAGAGACGUGAGAGCAUUGGGGAACGUGUGAGGAGUACAGGUGGAGGGGUGGCAGAGCGAGUGGAGAGGGGGCUGUUUAUUCGGAGCGUGGCACCGGUGGCAGAGUGGCUGCGCUGGGAUGGCAGAGGGGGGAACUGGGGGGGCUGGCGCUGGGGCAGUCCUCAGAGGGACAGGGGCGGCCGGGGGCAGGACAGGAGAGCCAGCGAGGGUUACUUGCACAGGACGGUGCCUGCCGGUUGGUGCCACCAUGCCCCAUCCAUGGCACAGAUAGCACCUCUCGUCCCGGGGCGAGAGGUGCAGGAGGAGGAGGAGGAAGAAGAGGAGGAGAGGGCCAAGGGGGUGGCAGCGGCAGGGGUCAGGCCCGGAGCAGUUGAAGGCGUCAGGGUGGGCCGGACGUUUCUCGGCCAGGUGUCGCUGCAUCUGGAGGAGGUCAGGGGUGACUCAGAAGGGGAGGCUGGCAGCGCCUGCUUCGGGCAGGUCUCGAGGCGGCUGGGGCGGCUGCUGAAGAGGCUGCCCAAGUCUCGCUCCUGGAGUGACAGCCUGCGGAUCCUCCGACGAUCAUCAUCUAACGGAUCUCUGCUCACCACCUCAGACUGCAGCUACACCUGUCACCUGGAGUGUCAGAGCCAGGUCCAGCUGGACUGCAACAAGAGGGACAGGCAGCCUGAAAAAACUCCAUCUCCCAGAGGCCACUGCUCCUCCACAGCCCCUCAGCGCAAGCAGAAUGAGAAAAAGGAGGAAGAGGAGGGAGGGACGAAAGACCUGUCAGAGGAAGAGGUGCGGACCAGGAUAGAGCAGUAUAACGCUCAAGUCACAGAAAAUGGCAUGAACCUGGCUGCAGAUGGAUCCUACACGGGUUUCAUUAAGGUCCACCUUAGGCUCAAUCGACCUGUCACAGUCCCUGAUUUGGAGGCGGCAGGCCUAGAAGGAGCGUCCAGGCAGCCAGGCGGUUGCAGUCGGACGCCAUCAGAGGACCAGGAAAGGAUGGACUGCGGGCAGAGCGAAAAGAGAACAUCCUUCUACCUACCAUGCGACUGUGUGAAGCAGCUCCACAUCAGCUCUCUGACCACCACCAGAGAGGUCAUCCAGGGCUUGCUAAAGAAGUUCAUGGUGCUGGACAAUCCCCGCAAGUUUGCAUUGUACAGGCAGACGCACCGCGACGGGCAAGAUCUGUUCCAGAAGCUUCCUCUGUGUGAGCGUCCUCUUCUUCUGAGGUUGAUCACUGGGCCUGACCCGGACCAACUCAGCUUUGUCCUGAAGGAAAAUGAGACUGGAGAGGUGGAGUGGCAUGCAUUCUCUGUCCCUGAGCUACAAAACUUCCUGGUAAUCCUGGAGAAAGAGGAGGCGGAGCGCGUGCGGGCAGUGGAGCAAAAAUACGCCACGUACCGACAGAAACUACAACAGGCCCUACGACAACAUGACCCCUGACCCCCUCACCCCACCCUCACCUGUUACCUUCUGACCUCAACCCAGGGAAAGACUGACCUUAUGAACGCCUAACCCCCCACCCCAUCACUCCCUCUCAAGACCCCUGAUCUUCAGAGACUGGAGCCAGGGGGUGAACUUGUCUCCACCCUCCACAUAUACACACAAAUGAGAAUACAGUACAUCCACUCACAGAGGCAUACCCUCUCUCAGGACGCUUACAAGCCCCCCCACUAUCCAUAGGUCCCCUCCCACCCCCACCCCCUUUGAGGAGAAAAUCAGGGGUUGAAGGUGACAUGAAAGGCUACAGAGUGUGUGGUCUGCACACCAAUUGGACAAGUAGUGUUUUCAUUGCCAAGGACAUACACACACACACACACACACAGAAAGAUCUGAAACCCCCUCCGACUCGAGAUCUCUUUUGGGACUGAUGUGAAUCAGCGGUGUUUAAAGAUUCCGUCUUCUUCUGCUACUGCUGCUGCUGCUACUGCAAGUGUUACUUAUGCAUGAGUCUCUCUCAGCUCAUCCCUCUGCACAUAGAGUUAGAAUAGAAACAGAAGGCAUGAUUACUUUUCUCUGCAUCUCUUUGGGAUGGAAGGACAAUCAUACUCUGUGUGUUUCUUUGUUUUUCUUUCUUGGAAAUGUAUAGGGUUAUCACCAGAUGUUUUAUUUUUUUGGCUGGAAUAUAACGUGUGAAUUUGUGAGGGAGGCGUUUAGGGUCAGGGCUGGAUUACUGACUAUUUGGUAGGAAGUAGAAGGCUGCGUUUGCUUUCAUUGCUUAGACCAAGGACGAAUGGAAGGAUAAGAAAGUGAUCCAUUCUCUGAUUUUUCUCAGGGAGCAUGUGUUGAGCAAAGAUAAAACUUAAAGGAGGAAAGAGAACCCUCUUCCACCCUACACCCGCCCUAUUUUAGCUCACUUUUGUCUGCCCACUUAAAUGCCAUGUCAAGUGCUUCGCUUGACAGGGAGAUUAGUCAGACCCCCGGUUCCUGCCUCUCUCCUUGAUCCUCCAAACAGACACACAAUCCAAACGUUGCUUGAACUCCACCUGCAAAUGAAGCCUGCUGAGGGAGGCAGUUCACAUACCUUUACAGAUUUUACACUUUACAUACACCGUUAUGGUAUAUGGUUUGUAUUUGAAUGUGAUUGUCUUUUACACCAAAGCUUAGAGGGACACAUCUAUUGAGAGGAUUUUAAAGGGAAAAGAGAGACAUUUGGGUGUUUAUGGAAUUAAAGGUGGUGUAUGUAAAAAUUAAACCAGCCUCUGUUUUGCACAUACUGAUGCAGGUCACUGAAUGGCCCACGACGGCUGAGGCUGGGCAUGGAUUUCUGUUUUGUUUUUGUUUUUCUUUUAUCUCCUACACCUUCCACCCAUCCCCUACCCCCCACUCCCAAAAAGAGAAACAGAAAAUUUAUAAGAUUCAUGAUAAUGGCUAUAAUGUACCAAUGAUGUGUUUGCAAUUCAUAUGUAUUAUGUAGACACUGGAAAAAGAGUGACAAGGUUUAACUUUGUUGUUAUUACAGAUAUUAAUAUUCUUUUGGUAUCAUUCCUACUGGUUGGUGUGCCUGCGUAUGUGUGUGCAUAUGUGUGUGUGUGUGUGUGCGCGUGCGUGCGUGUGUGCGUGCAUGCUCUUCCAGGGCAGAGAGAAAAAUGUGAAUAGUGUUUUAUAAUGAGUGUCUGUGUGUCAUCAGCACUCCCUCAUUGGGCCUCACUUAUCAAGUAGUAAAAUAUACACUGAGUGCACAUGUAAUAUAACACAUUACAACUGCUAAUUAGGUUGUUUUGGAAAUGGUAUUUGGCAUGCAUGUAUCACAAAAUUAAUGCAUUUAACCAAAUCAUUAAAAAAAUUCACACAUACUUAUAUUUCUUCAUUUAUUCCAUGUACAUGCUGAUAAAUGAGGCCCAUUGUCCAUAAGCACAUGCUUCUCAGUAAACCCAAACCUGUUCCUUUUUUUGUUUUUAACAUCAUCACCCAAAGCUCAAGCUGUUCCUGCUGGCAGUGCCUUUUGUUUUGCGUGUCCCCCCCCCCAAUCCCAGUGUAUCUAUGUAAGGUGUGUUUCAGCACACAGGUGCCUGAGUGGAGUGUAUGGGUGCUUUUACAUGUGUUCCUUGGGUGGUGUUGUAUCUUUUCUUUCUGUCCCCUUUCCUAAACACUUGUGUGUCUGUCCAACAAACCCUCUGACUGUGUGUGAGUUUGUGUGCGUGCAUGCGUGUUAUUUAUUUCAUGGUUCACACCAUCCACAUGAUAUUAUGUGAAGGAUGUUGAGACUAAAUGCUUUUUUGCAAUUUAUUUUGUUUUAUUUGAAGAAGUGUGUAUAAAUAUAUCAGUAGAACUGUACAGAAUAUCAAAAUGAAAUAAAAAAAGGUUGUCGCUUUA